UCGUGAGUCUCCGUAUGGGUUCGGAGAAGCCCAGUAGAGGGGGCUGAGUCCGAGCCGCACUGAUAACUAGGUUGCAUGUGACUAAUCGAGUUUGCCAGUGAAGUAGGCUACAAUUCAUUCCUACGGAAUGUUCACCUGAGAGAGCGAAAGCACUUCAAAAUAACAGACCGAAUCGUUUUGAGAAAUGUCGUGCCAUUAGAAGCGAAGGACGAUUGCACGGUAACCUGACUUAAAAACGGAAAUUACAAAUUCCCUGCUGAAGGAGCGUAGUUUACAAACGUAGUAAAGCCACUGGUGAAAACCCCAUACAUACAAAACGAAAAAAAGGAACAUGGCAACGGGUGGAUUUAAACCAAAUGCACAGACAGACUUUCUGGAGGAAUGGAAGGCUAAACGGGAGAAAAUGAGGGCAAAAAUGCUCGGGGACAUCGCUGCGGCCACCGGCGCGUGCACUGGUGGUAUUGCCACUGCGUCCCUGGGGAGCCACAGCAACAAAAGUGAGAUGCGCAAUGCUACCUCGAGCACCGAACUUAACAACAACGGCAACCCGGACCGCGGGACAUCAUACCCCAUGGCUCGCUCAUCAUCCUCCUCAGCCUUAAAGAGACCUGACGAUGAACCACACCCGACACCAGCCGUCAGAGGAGCGGAUACACCGGGGAGUAACCUGAAGAAGACGCCGGAGAAAGUGCCCUGCACCCCACAAGAGUCCAGCCCGACUGCAUGCAAUGACCAUGGCAGUGACAAGGAGAGUCCCUCACCCAGUAAAGGCAAAGAGAAGAAAAACAGUGGUCCAAGCGCCAGGAAGGGGAAAGGACAGAUAGAGAAGAGAAAGCUGAGGGAGAAGCGCAGAUCAACAGGUGUUGUCAGCAUGCCAUCCACCGAGAGCCUGGAUGAACUGGAUGAUGAUGACGGAGGGGAUAAGGCGAAGGAGGAGGAGCAGCAGCUGACACAGCUCAACACGGAACAGAACGAAGCCAUGACCUCUGACCCAGGGGCCGCCACCCACUUACUACAGGAUACUCCAAGAUCCGGGAGUGGCCACCACCAGAGCAGCAGCUCUGGAGGUCCUGGUUCUGAGGAGGAGGCGGGGGGGAACAGUCGACACCGCCACGGCAACCGCCACGGCAACGCCGGAGGACUGGAGAGGAGGAUGGAGGAACUGGAAAAGGAGCUGGCCAGACAGAGGCAGGAGAACGGGCAGCUGCUGAAAGCCCACCAGGAUAAAGACGACCUGAUUGGAAAGCUGAAGGAGGAGAUUGACUUGCUGAAUAGAGACCUCGAUGACAUUGAGGAUGAGAACGAGCAGCUGAAGCAGGAGAACAAAACUCUCCUGAAGGUGGUGGGCCAGCUGACGAGGUAGAACCCAACGGGCCACGGAUCCCCACUUCCAAAAAGAACAAACCACCCCUCCCUCCAACGGAGUGCCCCUCCCAAGCUCUUACACCCCCUGCUCUCACCCUUCCCUUUCUACCCUCGGCCCAAGUCCAGCAUGUCCUUUCUCUGUGUCAGUGGUAUCUCUGUUAUUGUCGCUGGGUGGAAGGGGACAUUUGAAAGUAGCUUUUAGAGCCUUUGUGUCAUAUACACACCUUUUCAUUCUGUUCUGAGGGGAACCUGAAGCCACUGAGAGCUCUAGUCCUAUUUAGAUCCAAUGGGGUGUCUAAAGGAGGUUCUGUGAUGGUAUAUUUAAUGUAAAUCUCUUGUACAUAGGCCAUUUAGAUUUGUUCUUUUUUGAUGAAUCUUAAAAAGGAAAAGGAAAUUGAAUGUACGUGGUGCAUCACCGAGCACAUGAGGGAUGUUUUGUUUGUUUUAGGAACUAAAAGAGGUCUUGGACAUUUUGACUCUAAUGAUCUGUUGACCAAGGUAUAUAAUGCUUGCCUAGGUUAUGUGCAACCAGCUCUCUGCUUCUGUUCAUCUGCAUCAUUACAGUGCAAAUACGUUGUCAGCCCAGUGACCAUAUUAUCCAUCUCAGCACUAAAACCUGGUCUCCAUCUACACGUGAAACAACCUGCUCUGUGAUGGAGCCUAUGUCAUUUAGACCAAAUUCAAGACAAAAUCCCUGCUACCAUCAGCCAAAGUGGGCAUAAUGCCUAGCACGUUUACGGAGGUCUUUUUUGAAAAUCCAUUAGUUCCAUUUCCCCAAGGGGAUAAAAAAAAAAGCCUGGUGCUUUUUCUGUUCAUGUUGAUGGCGCUUUUACUCUCUUGUUCCGAUUUAUACUUGGUACAUUUUAAUCACUGGGGUCGUUUCAGCUAAACUAGGGUAUGCUGGUGACAUGGGUGGGGGGAUAAAGUUGAAGCUUUAUUUACUGCAUUUCUACACAAUUUAAAAACUCUAAAAUGGUAUUCGGAGAACAAAAACAAGCUAAAUUGACUUCUGCCAUAAUACGCUAAACUGCUAUUGCCUUUUAAUGGGGGAUUUGAAUGAUUUUAGUAGCCUAUUUUAUAUUGUUGUUGUUGAGCUAGGAUAUGAUGACUGCCAUACUCAAUUCACGCCCUAAUUUUUAACCCAGGUGGUAUAUUUUCAACCUGAAGUCAUUCAAAUAUAUAUAGUCCCAUUUAUAAAUCAUAAAAAGCAAGCAAUUUGUUUUCAUUAAUUCUAUGCUUUUUAGCCAUUUCAAUGUUGAAAAUGAAAUAUUAUAGUAUUGUUGAUGGGGAGAGGUCUUGAGGUUACACCCCAGUAGAACAUACAUGUGGAAUCUUUUGAAAUGCGUUUUGCAUCUGUAACUCAAGCGUUUACAGCUUGUUCUGUUUGCAAUAUUGAUAGGUGUAGCUGCUCUUGGUAUAUAGUGAGCAAGAGUUAUAGAGUAAGCUACUGCAGUGCAUUUUGUUGUAACCAAAUCAACUGAAGGAACAUAAUUUUUGAAAUUCAUCUUUUUUUUGAUUUCUCAAGACAGUGAUGUGGCUGUGAGAAGUUCUAUUACUUGACCCAGCUGUAUUUAGAGCAUUGCAUUACAUACAGGGGCCCAUUUUGUGCUGAAACAAAUGUGUGGCUCUUGCAUCAUGUACUCUAUAAAAGCCCACUGGGUGGUAAAGAUUUGAGGUUUUAGACAUUACUGGGGUACAUCUCGAUAUAGAAACCCCUCUUACCGGUAGGUAGAGACACACACACACACACACACACACACACACACACACACACACACACACACACACACACACACACACACACACACACACACACACACCUUACAGAAAAAACAUGUGAAACCAUGUGUUUUUGGAACAUUUCAUGUGUUAGUUUCACAUUAACCUUUCACAUUUUGAUUCAAAUGUGAAUCUUUUUUGGGAUAUAUUUUUCACUUGAGAUUUCACCGGUGAUGGCCUGCAAAUAAAACAGAUUUGUUAGAAUGCACACACGGUGCUUUUAACAAUGUUUUCAACUCUCAUAUUUGUCACACUUUGACAUACAUGAUUACAUUGUGUAUGUUUGUUUAUACAGUAAUUGUUAUUCCACAUGUCCUCGCUGAGGAUUUCAACUCCCAACCUCUUAGUUCAUGGCAUUCCCAUAUAUUCCUACACUUUGGACUUCAAAGUAAAUCUGUUUUGUUAAAAGUACAUAUUUAUCGGUGUGAUUCAGGAGUAAUGUUAAAACAGAAUAGUAUGCCCCUCCAGCAUUAGACAACUGUACAGAAAACCCUCAAAUUGCUGCAAUAAGUAAAUUAGUUAAAUGAUGAGAGAAUAGUCAGAUUAACUCAAGUAAAAUGGCAGUGUAGAUGGCACUCUUUUGGUAAGUGCAGAGAUGUAGGGGAAUGCUUCAGAGUUUGUGCCACAACCGAAAGAUCAGUUUACCACAAAUCCAGACGAUGUUAAGAGUUUAAAUCCCAGGUCGCCUCAUAUUGAUUUUCCUAUUUUAGUUAAACAGCGUACCACUUACUUUAAAACCUCCAUACCAUGUAUUUACUUAUCAUGUUACGUCUUGAUGAAUUGUAAAACAAAGGUCUUGAGAACAUCUUACAAACAUGUUCCUCAAUGACUUUAUUGGGAUGUUGUGUUGUGGUCCACUGGAGUUUUUUUGUUGUCUAGUUCCAGUUUUGUUCCAGGGACGUCCCCAAGGACGUUGUUAGGAUGUUCUUGGAAUGUUGUCAUGGUCCCCUGGAGGUUUUAUCUAGUUCCUGGUUUGUUCCAAGGAUUUUCCCCAGGAUGUUCUGAGCACAUUCCUGGGAUGUUGUGUCAUGGUCCCCUGGAGGUUUUGUCUAGUUCCCGGUUUGUUUCAAAAAUGUCCACCAGGAUGUUUUUAGCACAUUCUUGGGAUGAUGUUGUCAUGGUCCCCUGAAGGUUUUUGUCUAGCUCAAAUGUUGUCACAUGUAGUUUCAUGGUGUCACGUUGACAUUUUGCUUCCCAAGUUGUCACGUUUAUUUCACAUAUGUUCUCACAUGUUGUUUUACAUGUCACAUGAACUUCAUGUGACGUGUUUUUCUGUAAGGGACACACACACCUCAUUCUCUCUACAUUAUGCAUGUACAGAAGAUGAAGUCAUUUAAUAAAAGUUUGAUUAUCUCUC